ACUCCGGUUUCUUGACAUUCUUUUUGAAUUGUGGUGCCCAGAAGUGGACACAAUAUUCCAGGAGUUGCUGAUGAUGAAGCAGUCAAGAUAGUUGUGAUUCCAUCUGGAGAGAUGGCUCAGAAAAACGGGGAAGAAAUGGAUGAGGUUUCACUGAAGAAUGAAAAGAUAUUCACUAAGAUGGGGUCAGAUCUCUGUCAGCAGAAAACUGAAGGCCAUUGUGAUGGAAAGGCAUCUUCAUCACCUCAGCUUCUUGGGGAGAAGAAAGAAGAAAAACUGGACUGUGAAGCUGGCAGCAUUUUGCCGAAGCUGGAAGUAGAAUGUGAGGUUGGAGAUGACUGUCCAAAUGUGAAAGCUCCAAAUCCUGUGCAGAGUGUUGAGCUGCUCCAAGAGGUAAAAGAGGAAGCAGAGGAGAUGGGACUCUUUAUACCAUUUGAAGAGCGAGAAGAGGGAGGGAAGAAAAAGAAGAGGAAAGCUACAAAGCGAAAAAGGGAAGGAAAAAGCCAGGAGGAAGAAGAAGGAGGGCCCUUGGAUUGCAACCUUAAACUAGAUGAUACCUUGGAUCGGACUUUGGAAGAUGGGGCAAAACAACACAACUUGACAGCUGUCAAUGUGCGAAACAUACUGCAUGAAGUGAUCACAAAUGAGCAUGUUGUGGCCAUGAUGAAAGCCGCCAUCAGCGAGACAGAGGACAUUCCUAUGUUUGAGCCCAAAAUGACUCGUUCCAAACUGAAGGAAGUGGUGGAAAAAGGAGUGGUAAUUCCUACCUGGAAUAUUUCUCCUAUCAAGAAGGCCAAUGAAAUCAAGCAGCCCCCUCAGUUUGUGGACAUUCCUCUGGAGGAAGAUGACUCCUCAGAUGAAGAGUACCAGCCAGAGGAAGAGGAAGAGGAUGAGACAGCAGAAGAGAGCCUGUUGGAGAGUGAUGUGGAAAGUACUGCCUCCUCACCUCGUGGAGCCAAGAGGUCUCGAACAAGGCAAUCUGCUGACGUGAUAGAGACAGAUGAGGAAGGCACUACACCAUUGGAGGCUGAGAAAGACACUACACUUCCCUUUCAGCGGCACAUUAGUGCUGAAGUCAUGCCUAUGGGACCUCCCCCACCACCCAAACCCAAGCAAAGCAAGGAUAGCACCUUCAUGGAGAAACUGCAUGCAGUGGAUGAGGAGCUGGCAUCAAGUCCUGUGUGUAUGGAUUCCUACCAGCCCCUGGAAGACAGCUUGAUUGCCUUCCGCACCCGAUCAAAGAGGCCCCUGAAGGAUGUGCCCCUUGGCCAGUUGGAGGCCGAGCUCCGUGCCCCAGACAUCACCCCGGAUAUGUACGACCCCAACACGGCUGAUGACGAAGAUUGGAAAAGGUGGCUUAGUGGCCUCAUGAAUGAUGACGUGGAAAAUGAAGAUGAGGCUGAUGAUGACGAUGAUCCUGAGUAUAACUUCUUGGAGGAUCUGGAUGAACCAGACACGGAGGACUUCAGGAAUGAUCGAGCUGUCAGGAUCACAAAGAAGGAAGUGAAUGAGUUGAUGGAGGAGCUGUUUGAAACGUUUCAGGAUGAGAUGGGCUUCUCCAAUGUGGAGGAUGAGGGACCAGAAGAUGAGGAUAGUGCUGCUGAGGCCCGGCCAAAUUUUAACACUCCACAGGUGCUCAGAUUCGAAGAGCCCUUGGCUAACUUGCUGAAUGAACAGCACCGGACAGUGAAGGAGCAGCUUGAACAACUGCGCAUGAAGAAGUCAGCUGCCAAGGUGCCCCAGGAGUUGGAAAGGUCCAAGUUGCGCAAUGAGAAGCCUGUGCAGGCCUUGACAUUGGAUGCAGGGCAGAGGAAGAGACUCCAGCAACAAAUGCAGCAGCAUGUACAGCUCCUGAUGCAGAUCCACCUUCUUAGCAGUGCCAAUCCAAGCCUGCACUCAGAAGCCAACACCACCCGCCUCUUCUUGACGGAACUGGAUACAUUUGCUCAGAGCUCCAUACUCCUCUCUCAGCCUCUGGGUCACAAAUUCCACACUGCCUUCCAGCCGUGCAACUUGAAGGAAGCCCUGCAGCUCGUUGCAGACUUUCAUUCUGACAUCAAAAUUGAAUGGAGUCCCCGCAAAGCCAUAAAGAAGAAUGAUCAGCCUUCUUCAACUCAUUUGUCUUCAGAGGUGGUAAACUGCAAGUCCCAUCACCCACAGUGCAUGGUCAGUGGCUGUGGGCAGGGGAUUAUUGGAGCUGUCACAUCUGGAGGACUCUGGGCUGUAGAAUACUACAUUGUCUCUUUUUGGUGUUUGAUUUUAUUGUGUCAAUAUUUUUUUUCAAAUUGUCUCUGUUGUAUAUUGUUAAUUUCAACAAGUUGCAUCCAGGCUGAGGAUUCUCAUGAGAUCCCAUAUUAUAAGACGACAAAGCAAUUGCCUGUCUUCUCCAGACUCUGUGAGGAGGUCCAGCCUAGUGAUUGGAAGCCCCCCAUAGAAUAUGAAGAACAUCGCUUGCCCUUCUGGUUGAAGGCCAGCUUGCCAUCCAUCCAAGAGGAGCUGGAGAAAAUUGCGGGGAAGGUGUCAAGGUGUGCCACCCCAGAAUGUGAACCUGUCAAGGCAGGAAGAGAGCCUGCAGAACCAGGGCAUGGUGACAAAUAUCCCCUGAGCAUGCCUGAGGGUUUGCAGUUGAUCCUCAGGCCUCUGAACAGCCGAUUUUGUCGGAAGGCCUGGAGACGCCAACGACCUUCUACUGCCAAGCCCCUACCCGUCCGGCCUGGCCUUUGCUUCCCUCCCACCAGCACCAACAGCUUUUUCAAAAUGGCUGCCAAACAUCCUCAGCCACAAACCUCGCCCAGCAAAGGGGCCAGCCGUGUUCCACGCUUGAUCCAACCUGCACCAGUCAUGCAGCCUUUGCCAGGAGUCCAGCACAUAAACUUACAGCCUGCCAUAGGGAACAGUGCUAGCUUUGAGCUCCGAGGCAUGUUUUCCGCUCAGCAUCCAGACCCCAGGGCCUGCUUGGCUCCCACUGUGCCCCAGAAUUUGAUCUCCACUCUGCCAAUAGCGUUUCAGCCCAAGAUGAUACUUCCAACACUCCCAGCAUCAAGAAUACGGAAACCAGGAACUCCCAGGGGAUGUCAAAAAAAGAAGCUCCCCCGAGCUACCCCCUUGCUCAAGGCUGCCCCUUUGCUCCAGUCAACUCCAGUCAUCUUCACUGUCCCGACUGGGGCUGUGAAAGUGGUUGGUAUUGCCAACAGUUGUAAUAUGUUGCAGCCUUUGACUGCAACCCCAACAGGAAGACCGCCCCAACCCAUUCCCAUCACCACUCUCCUGGUGAACCCUGCCCCUUUCCCAUGUCCACUGAGUCAGCCACUGGCAGCCCCUCCAGCUCCUUCUUUGGUGGUCUCUUCCAGCUCUUCUGCCCCUCCUGCUUCCAUGGUUGUGAGAGCAGCCAGGAGUCCACCUGCAGGUCCCAUUCUGGCAGAAGCCAAAACAGAGCUGCAGGAGCUGUCCUCAUGCACAGCAGUCUCUGCCGAAAAGGACAGUGGGCUCUGGUCCUCUGAUCCCAACUCGAGUGUACAACUAGAAGUCUCCAUCCGGGCCUGUGCAGAGAGGACAGAAGAGAGUCCGUCUGAGCUGCCAGCCACACCUUUCUCACCUUUGGCAAAUGCAGCAGAGAAUGAGAAGGCUGAAUUUGAAGAAGAAUCCAGUGAUGCUCCUCAGGAAGCUACCCCCAUUCCAGAGAUGCCAAGUUCUUUGGGCCUUCCACCCAAAGAAGAACUGGUACUGGAUCUUGGGCAGGAGUUGGACAUAGAGCCUCCUCUUGAGUGUGCAAAUGAGCCUAAGAAAAAUCCGAGCAAGCAGAGCUCUUGUGAGAAUGGGAAGGGAGGCCUGGGGGCACAUGAGCCACACCUACAAGGGACAGGAACUGCAAGCAAACAAAACAUGGUAUCUCCCAAAGUUACCUGCAAUUCCACGGCCAGUGAGUCUGACUUUAGGGGCUCCCAGACAAAGCCAGAAGAUGAGUCCAGUGCGGAGGCCUGUGCCAUGGGGCUGCCAGUCAGCCAGGAGACAGCAGCCGAGAAAGACGGACCGGAGGAAGAGGAAGAGGAAGACUUUGAUGAUUACAUUCAAGAUGAAGAAGAUGAGGAAAUGUCAUCUGCUUCGGAGGAAUCAGUGCUUUCAGUGCCAGAGCUUCAGGAAACAAUGGAGAAGCUGACAUGGCUUGCAUCUGAGAGGCGCCUGAGCCAAGAGGGGGACUCAGAGGAGGAGAAUUCCCAGGAGGAGAACUCUGAGCCAGAGGAAGAGGAGGAGGAGGAGGAGGAAGGGGAAGGGGAGAACCUGGAGAAUCUGCAAAAAGAGGAUGAAAUAACAGAUGAAGUAACAGAUCCUGGAGACAGCCCUGCAUUGUCUCUCACCUUGACAUGCUCUGCCCCAGAAGUGGAGCCAAGUAGCACCCCAUCAGGUGAAAAUGCCAAAGCACCAGGGAAAAGUCGAAACUCUUACCGAGCUCGAGCCAAGCGAGGCCGGACUCGUGCCAGCAAGGACACCUCCAAGCUGCUGCUCCUCUAUGAUGAAGACAUCCUGGAGCGAGACCCUUUGCGGGAACAGAAGGACUUAGCCUUUGCACAGGCUUAUCUAAGUAGGGUACGUGAAGCAUUGCGGAAUGUGCCAGAGAAGUAUGAAGAGUUUCUCCGCAUCAUCUAUGAGUUUGAGAGUAACGUCCAGAAGCAGACAGCUGUUGACCUCUAUGCUGAGCUGCGUAAUGUGUUGCAGGAGUGGCCUCAGCUUCUCACGGACUUUGCAGCCUUCCUCUUGCCUGACCAAGCCCUGGAGUGUGGCCUGUUUGAGGAACAGCAGGCCUUUGAGAAGAGCCGGAAGUUUCUCCGGCAGCUGGAGAUCUGCUUUGCUGAAAACCCUUCUCACCACCAGAAGAUCAUUAAAGUGCUCCAGAGCUGUGCUGAAUGUCUGCCCCAGGAAAUAAUGGAGCUGAAAACCCAGAUGUGGCAGUUGCUGAAAGGGCAUGAUCACCUGCAGGAUGAGUUCUCAGUCUUCUUCGAUCACUUGCGCCCUUCGUCCAGCCGCUUGGGAGAUUUUGAGGAAAUUCACUGGAUGGAGGAAAAAGAUUAUGAGUUUGAUGGAUUUGAAGAAGUCUCCUUGCCAGAGGUAGAAGAGGAGGAAGAACCCCCCAAAAUCCACACCGCCUCAAAAAAUAAGAGGAGGAAGGAACUUGGGAUCCAGAACACGGACAAGGAAUCUGAGUGGCCAGACGGGAUUAAGGAGUGCUUCUGCUCUUGCCAUGAAGGGAGCAGUGACCUCAGGAUGAAGCGGAGCAAGCGAAGAACCUGCAGCCAUUGCAUCAGCAAGGCAGCAGAUGGCAAGUUCUUCAGGAAUAAAGACCACCAGGAGCUUGCAGAAAGCGUUGCCCAACAGGACGCGAGUCCCUGUCAUGAAGGAAAGGACCCUGCAGAAGAGGGACCGGAGCAGAGAGAAGAAGGGGACCUCCCCCAGAACAGGAUGCGGUCAACAGUCAGGAAAGCAGAUUUUUCAGGAGCAGGUUCUCGUGUGGAAGGAAAGCCACCCUCUUGCAAAGAAAUUUCUUCAGGAGGUACCCUGUCAUGCAGCCGGACUGCUGAACCAUGCUCUUUACCAGGUUCUCCCAAUACAAAGAAGGCUGGUGAUGUGGGCAAACAGUAUCCUCCUAAUGUUGCUAUGUCUCCCAUCCCACAGACACAGAGAGGCUUACUGCUGAAACCACCUCGACCCAAAAAUGGCUCUUCCUCCACAGGAGGGGGAAAUGAAAUCGCAGUUGGUCUGAGUAGUGAAGAACUGUCUUCGGGCCUUUGCAAAGAAAUGUUGGAGCCUGUACCAUUAGAUAAAAAAUGGACAGAAUCCCUUGCCUCUGAAUCCAGCAUCCCAGAGGAACCUAUCAUUCCCACUCAAUCCCAACUCCAGAACACAGAGGCAGAUAGAUGGCCUGCCUCUGUGGAGCUCAGAUCCAGUGGGAAGGAGAUAAGGGGUUCAUACUCCAAAGACUCUGGGCUGAAAGCAAUGGGAACAAUUGAGGGCUUGCAGACUGAAGCAGAAGUAUCUACAGGCUGUAGUUCAUGUGUCCUGGCUGCUGGUAAAAAAGGGAAAACUACUCAGGGCUGUUUACAGGAGCUUCUGCCUGCAGCAGGAGGCAGGGAAUGCUCCAUCUUGUUGCGGGGAGAUGAUCUGCAGCAGAGAGCAGUUGAAGCCACAGUGUGUGCCAAGAACAUCAAAGUCAGCUCCACGGGGGAAAAAGUUGUCCUGUGGACCAGAGAGGCUGACCGGGUCAUUCUGACCACCUGCCAAGAGCAAGGAGCCACACCUGACACAUUCAAUGCCAUCUCGCAGCAACUGCACAAUAAAACAGCAGAGGAGGUUGCUCACCGGUUCAGGGAGUUAAUGACGCUGUUCCACACGGCUUGCGACAUCAGCUCAGAAGACGAGGAAGAUGGAAUGAGCACCAGCAACACUGAUCAUCUGUCAGAUAAAGAGCCAGUCCUUUCUGAAGAGGAGCAGGAGGAACCAUGCUUUUAGGCACAAACAAUGAUAAUCUGAGUUUAAGUAAGGAGUGAGAGAUUUUGGAUUAUGAGAACCUCUUAUAUCCGCCUCCUUAAAUCUUACGGAAGCAACCUUGAGUGACAUUCCUCUCCUUACCCCUUAAAAAGAUGGGAAGGGAUGGGAGUUAUGCAGGGUGCAUUCACUCAGAACAGCUGAUGUAAAUAUUUUAACUGUAGGGAAAUGAAUAAAUUGUCUUCAGUGAAAUUCAGGAUGAAUAUUUAUUGUGCACUUCUAUUUUAAGGAAUAAAAACCAUUCCAUUG